UAAAAAUGCAUUUAAAUACAGUUUAUAUUACCGUGGGCACCACCAAAUUCGAUGCUCUAAUAUCAACUGUAUCUUCGGAACCCGCUCUAAAAGCUCUGCAGAGCCGGAAAUGCACGCGACUCGUCAUACAGCACGGAAAUUCGCAACCAUUGACAGAGGAUGAAAUCCAACUGAUAGGAAAGAACUACGGAAUACGCAUAGAGCAAUACAAAUUCCGGCCAAAUACAGAGGACAUUAAGUCCGCAGAUCUAAUUAUUGGACAUGCGGGAGCCGGAACUUGCAUGGAUAUACUAAACAAUCAGAAACCUGGACUCAUUGUGAUUAAUGACACACUUAUGGACAAUCACCAACUGGAGUUAGCCAAACAACUGGCCGCUGAAAACUACCUGUAUUACUGCAAAGUUACCGACUUGGAUGCCCAGCUAGCUACUCUGAACUUUGAAGCCCUCAAGCCCUAUGAAACCAAACCGGAAAAUCUCAGUAAAUUCGUUUCCGCCAUCAAUCAACUAAUGUCGCUUUAAAGACCAAUAAACAUUCCAAGAAAAAUUAAGCUUCUUUUGGUGCCAACCCCACCAAGGGGGUUAGCUUUUGCUAUUUAUUUGAGUUUACAAGUAUAGUUAAUAAACACGAGAACGUCUACGAAGAACA